AUGGCUUACACAUUCGUCUUGCCUUGCAGAUCGGUCUCACAUGGCCUUACCGAACUCUAUUCCGAUGAUGAGCAAGUCGAUGUUAUGGUUCACGAAAGCGAGUACGAUGCAGUUGUAGAAACGACCGAUGUCGAGGAGGAAGUUCAGCAAUGCGACGUCAAUAAACCAAUCACUGCAACCACCCAAGAAGCAAAUCCCCUAAUCAUCGCCUGGAAAACCCUCAGCGCUACAAAAUCGGGUAUCCCAGGGGUUGAGAUUGCUCAGGUUGAUAUCUUAGCUCAAGCCGAUAUUCUUCAAGACGGAAAUUGGCACGCUAUUCAUAAUUCGCAGAUCGAACCUGUCCAGACCGAUCUUCCUCGAUUCGGUGGCUGGACACCCAUUAACAAUCCACCGGACAACUCUUCGCCGAUCAGGCUCACGCAAAUAGCAACUUCGAAAACCGAAGAUACUCGAUCUAGCGCCGUUCAUCUUAGUGAUUGGUCGGUCACAAGUGGCUCACAGACCGAUACUUCGCAGGCCACUAGUGUCGAGCCCGAGAAGCCAUCCAGCUACCCCCAGAUCUGGAACCUAUCGCAUUUGCGCUCGAGCAACACAACGAUUCCUGCCAUGAUGAACAUGGUCAAUACAUCUCAGCUCAAGCUCCGAUUCAGAAGAUACAAGAAAGAAUACACCUCCACGACUGCUCAAAAGCAAAUCAAAUGGUUCAGAUACCGCAUUGCAUGCUUGAAUAUGGAGAAGAAGAGCGAUGUCAAUACUGAAAUGGCAGAUAUAAAGUUACAAUGGGGCAGACUCUGGAGAGACGUAGAUGGUUGA